UAUUUGAAAGGCGCCUUUGAGCUCAGGCUUAAGAGUUAACACUUGAGUUCGCCACGCGACGAAGGUAAGUGGGAAUCGACACGGAACGGUUAGCCCCGCUAGCUUAGCCAUAAGCGGCGAUACUUCAACCGGCACGCACACUGCGUUUUAUUGAUUAUAGAGGAGCCGCCGAGCGUUACGAGUAUGUCGGCCUUUACGGCAGCGAAAACGAGCGAGUUGCUAAAAAGCGUCUCGCCGCCACAGCAUCUCGCACUCAGCAACAGCAGCAGCAGCAGCAGCAGGACGGCAGGCGGUGACGCCACAGCAGGGCGGGACAACAAGUCCGCCGCCGUCGUCGCCGCCGUCUCAAGCAGCAGCAGCAGCAGCAGACUUGUUUGCAGCGCUCGACGUGGACGAGGCACCACCGCGAGCUGGACGCCGUCUGCAUUUUCAGGCGCACCGACAUCCCGACUUUUGCUGACUGACCAUCCUCAGGUCAAUCACAGAAACAUGUCUGGAAAGAUAUCAAAAGAGGAACUGGAGGAAAUGAGAGAGACUUUUGGGAAGAUUGAUCUGGACCACGAUGGCUUCAUCAGUGAUUAUGAACUCACUGACCUCCUUAAAGAGACCGGCCAUCCGCAGCCAGGUUACAAGGUGCGAGAGAUCAUCCACCAACUCGAUCGCAACCACGACAACAAGAUCAGCUUCGACGAGUACAUCGCGAUUGUGAACGAGCUGAAGGGCAGCGAAAUAGCCAAAACCUUCCGCAAAGCCAUCAACAGAAAAGAAGGCAUCCUCGCCAUCGGAGGCACGUCGGAGCUUUCAAGCGAAGGGACACAACACUCCUUCUCUGAGGAGGAGCGAUUCGCUUUCGCGAAGUGGAUCAACAGUGCUCUGGAAAGAGACCCCGACUGCCAGCAUGUCCUGCCCAUGGAUCCCACCACAGACUCUCUGUUCACAUCUGUGGCCGACGGCAUUUUACUCUGCAAAAUGAUCAACCAGUCGGUGCCAGACACCAUUGACGAGAGGACAAUAAACAAGAAGAAGCUCACACCCUUCACCGUGCAGGAGAAUCUUAACUUGGCGCUGAACUCCGCCUCGGCCAUUGGCUGCCACGUGGUCAACAUUGGCGCUUUGGACUUGAAGGCGGGGAAGCCCCACCUGGUGCUGGGCCUGCUGUGGCAGAUCAUCAAGAUCGGUUUGUUCGCUGACAUCGAGCUCAGCAGAAACGAAGCUUUGGCAGCGCUGCUGAGAGAAGGCGAGACCCUGGAGGACUUGAUGAAGUUGUCUCCCGAAGAACUGCUUCUACGCUGGGCUAACUUUCAUUUGGAGAACGCCGGCUGGCAGAAGAUCAACAACUUCAGCUCCGACAUCAAGGACUCCCGGGCCUAUUUCCACCUCCUCAACCAGAUCGCUCCAAAGGGGACCGAGGAAGGCCAGCCGGCCAUCGACGUCAACAUGUCGGGCUUCAGCGAGCGAGACGACAUGAAGCGGGCAGAAGCGAUGCUGCAGCAGGCCGACCGGCUCGGCUGUCGGCAGUUCGUCACCCCGGCUGACGUCGUCAGCGGGAAUCCCAAACUUAAUCUGGCCUUCGUGGCCAAUCUGUUCAACAAAUAUCCUGCUCUGACCAAACCUGAGAACCAGGACAUUGACUGGCACCUGCUGGAAGGCGAAACGCGAGAGGAGCGGACGUUCCGAAACUGGAUGAAUUCCCUGGGCGUGAACCCCACCGUCAACCAUCUCUAUGUAGACCUGCAAGAUGCCAUCAUCAUCCUGCAGCUCUACGAGAAGAUUAAAGUAGAGGUGGACUGGAACAACAAAGUCAACAAGCCGCCAUACCCCAAGCUGGGAACCAACAUGAAGAAGUUGGAGAACUGUAACUACGCUGUGGACCUGGGCAAAAGCGCCAAGUUCUCCCUGGUCGGCAUCGGCGGGCAGGACUUGAACGACGGCAACGCUACGCUGACCCUGGCGGUGGUGUGGCAGCUCAUGAGAAGGUACACGCUUAACGUUCUGGAGGAACUGGGUGACGGACAGAAGGUCAAUGAUGACGUCAUUGUCAGAUGGGUCAACAAAACAUUAGCAGAAGCUGGAAAGAACACCAAGAUUUCAAGCUUUAAGGACAAGGAGAUCAGCAACAGUUUGGCAGUACUAGAGCUGAUCGACGCCAUCCAGCCUGACAGCAUCAACUACGACCUGGUUAAAACAGGCCACCUCUCUGAAGACGACAAGCUGGAGAAUGCCAAAUAUGCCAUUUCCAUGGCGAGGAAAAUCGGAGCACGCGUCUACGCCCUCCCCGAGGAUCUUGUGGAGGUCAAGCCCAAAAUGGUGAUGACUGUCUUUGCGUGCCUGAUGGGACGAGGGAUGAAGCGAGUCUAAAGAGACAUGACUGCCUGUGAUCAUUGUGACACUUGUUGCGCUUUUCGGAACAGCCCCUCCCCCGUCCUCUCCCGCAUCCCGCGUGGAUGAAUGUUUUCUUUAAGAAGAUUGAAAAGUCAUCACAUUGAAAGUAUCUCUGCCUCUUUGAAAGACGGGAGGUGCCUAUUGAAGAAUGACGCGCUGUUAUUUCAAAUGCCACCCUCGUAAAUUUCAGAUGAACUUUUAUUUCUGCGACAACUUGGCAGUCUUGAUCAAUGUCUUAAGAAUCUCGGUUUUCUAUGUGACGCACACUUCAGAAAGAAACGCCAACAUUCAUGCACGCCUCAUCCCUCAGUAUACAGAAGCCAUAAGGUCAAACUAUAGUGACGACCUCUCUGUAUGUAUUUUUGUAUUUUUUGUGGGACCAUUAUGUGAGCUGAGGUGAUAACGCUGGUCAGAGCUGGGCUUCUGCUGCUGUUGUUGUUGUUGUUGUUGUUCUAUUUUGUUGUGUCCGACGAGGAGCAGGUCGUCACUGUGCCUUCUUGUCUUCACGACGACCCUUUACUGGAACUUUUGAGCUUUCGCCGCCUUUCGCGUUCAACCGUUAGCAAAUCUAAUGCAAUGACGACGGCCAUGUGGUCAUGUCUACUCCAAAGUGCUUCACGUGUAACAAUAAAUUUGAAAUAUGAAAACAG